UUGAAAAAAAUGGUGUAGCAUUAUCUUUUUUGAGAACUUUAAUUUAAUUUUAUCCAAACUACCCUUGCACUCUGAUUAGAGGAAGGGUUAAACCCAAUUAGCUGAACAUUUUAUACCCUUGACAAAGACUUAUGUAUAAUUGCAUUAAAUGACCUAGAAAUACUACCAGUACCAGACAAUGUGAGGUAGCACAAAAAAAUACAAAAAUAUUGUUAUUUAGUUAAUCUCGUUUUCUUGACCUUAAAUAUAUUUACUUCAGAAUUUAUAAUGUCUUGGUUCGGCGCCAGACCUCCGAUGGGCAUGCCCAUGGGAAUGCCGAUGGGAAUGAUGCCGAUGUCGAUGGGAAUGAACAUGGGAGGACAUAGACCUAACGGGGGGCCUGGUCCCAGACCUCAAGUUCAGCAGAGUGCGCCCCCACGACCUAUCCCACCCAAACGGGAUAUACCUACUGGGCCCGCUGUGACCGUAUUUGUCGGGAAUAUAACAGAACGAGCUCCUGAUGCCAUGGUGCGUCAUCUCCUUACAACCUGUGGUCCUGUUCUUAGUUGGAAACGGGUUCAAGGAGCUACGGGAAAACUCCAGGCCUUUGGGUUCUGUGAGUUUAGUAAUCCCGAUGCCGGACUUCGAUCGAUCCGACUGCUCAACAGUUUCUCUAUAGCAGACAAAGCGCUGGUAGUGAAGGUGGACGCCAAGACUAAGCAGAUCCUGGAUGAUUACGUCACGGAUCGGGUAAAGAAGAACGGUGGAGAGUGUAAAGAUUUAGAGAAGUAUACGGACGCAGGGAUGGAGUAUGAUGAUAACUUGGCCAAGGAUCGGGUUGCGCAGAUUCUAAAGGAUCAUGCCAAGGAGAUAGAAUCCUAUAUUCCCAAGGAGGGAUCAACGUUACCUCUUCAACGGGAUCCUCCACCGACCUCCGCCCUGCUACAGAGGAUGGGAACCAGAGAUGAAGGAUUAGAUAAUGUUGAAGACGAGAAGAAAGGGAUAAUUACUCGGGAAAUAGAUAAAUUUAGAGAAACAAUGAAAAUCCGGGAAGCAGAGAGAGAGGAGCAAGGGAAGAAUAAAGAGAAGGAUAAAGAUCGGGACAAGGACAGAAAAUCGUCCCCUCCAGCCCGGAGAUCUAGAGAGAGAACAAAAGAAAGAUCGCGCUCCAGGGGCCGGGAGGCCAGAUCUCAAUCAACGAGGAUGAGCAGAAAAAGAAGUCCAUCUCCAGUACGGGAACGACCUCCCCGUGCCUCAAGGUCGAGGUCACGAGGACGAGAAUCCCGGGGUAGGGAAUCACGAGGGCGGGAAUCCCGAGGCCGAGAAACAAGGGACAGAUCACUUGAUAGGAAUAAGACACAGAAAGAAUUGCAAAAGGAGAGAGAAAUAGAAGCAGAAGAAAAGGAACGAAAGAAAGCUGAGAAAAGAGCGACGGAGAAGGAAGAAAACUACCAAGCCCGUCUUCUAGCAUGGGAGAAAAGAGAAUCUAAAAAAGCGAAAGAUUAUGAAAAGGAAAAAGCAAAAGAAAAGAAGAAAGCGGAAGAUAUGGAAAGAGAAGCAAAGAAGUUGAAAGAGUUUCUUGAAGAUUAUGAUGAUGAAAAAGAUGAUUCCAAAUAUUACAGAGGACGAGAGCUUGCUAGACGAAUGGCGGACAGGGAAAGAGAAGCAGCCAAGGAUGGAGAGGAUCGAAGAAAAGAAACUGAAGAGAUUGAAGAAAUAAAAAAACAAAUCUUCUCCAACCCUGCUCUCAAGGACCCCAACGCCGAGUUCCAGAAGAGGUUGAAGGAGAGAGAGAAACAAUUUAAGUCUACGAGUUCCAAGAAACCAGAGGAGGCCAGAGACAGGGAUAGAGAAAGCACAACCUCGCCGCAGAACAACUCCCCAAGUCCUGACCGAGGUCCAAGUCCCGUUGAGGAUUAUAAUUACGACAACGGGGAUAAUCGAGGGGACUCAAGUCCAACUGAGAACAUCCCUACUCCUCCCGAACCAACCAUCAAUCCUAUCACGCUACCUGGAACUAAACUUGAUCCCGCGAGUAAGCGACGCAAGAUGCAGGUUGCGGAUAUAUUUAACCAGGAUCAGGACGACGAUGAUGAUCAUAAACCUAAAAAGAAACUAAAAACCGUUCUGCCCAUCAUCACGACGGAAAAGAAGUCGGAGACCAAGACAGCGGACGACAAGAAGAAGCACAUCAAGUCAUUGAUCGAGAAGAUCCCGACGGACAAGACAGCGUUGUUUGAGUACACGGUGGACUGGGACCUGGUUGAUAAUCAGCUCAUGGAGAAGAGGAUUCGUCCCUGGGUUAAUAAAAAGAUAGCGGAGUAUAUCGGAGAACCUGAACCUACCCUCACGGACUUCAUCUGUUCCAAGGUGUUGGCCGGAAGCUCUCCGAAGGCCAUCCUCGAGGACGUGCAGACUGUCUUGGACGACGAAGCCGAGGUUUUCGUAGUGAAAAUGUGGAGACUUUUGAUUUACGAAAUUGAGAACAAAAAGCAGAAAGCCGAAGUGGCGAAGUAAUUUUUUGUUGUUAGUUUUUUUGCUGGACUUUGUGAAACCUUUAAAAAAUCAUGUUCAUUCAGUUCAAAGAAAUAUCUCUUGGAAUUAUUUCCGCUUUAACUAGUAAAAGCUACAUAUUUAGAACCUAAAUAUCUACUGCAGGUUCUCUGGGUACUGGGAUAGUACGGGAGAAGGACCUGGUUUCGAUUCUCUCCUACUCCUACCAUUCUGUGAGUACUGAGUAAGCUGUGAUGUUACUUAUUCCUUUCAUUUCUUCCUAAUCAAUCAUUAAAUCUACAUACAAAGUUUUAAUUUCACUACCGACAUGUUAAUAUGUCGAUUUUAGACUGAUUCAUAUUAUUAUCUCUGGAUGAUUGUUGUCUACUUGUUUAGGACGGAUUUAUCCUUGAACCCCUGCAUCAAGGGUUUGGUGAGUAAAUGUACUAUAAUCCCCCCCCCCCUAACCUUGCUAUUUUACAUGCAGUAAUGUCUCCACACCCCAGUUUAGUUCCAAUAAUGCAGCUUUUACUAGUUAGUUGUUUACCUUCAAACAAUGUGUUAUUGAUACAUGGGUAAUCAUUGAGUUUUCAAUCUUCUUAUGCUACAACCAGCCUUGGUAUGUACAGACGGAUCAUUGAGUAUACAUUAGUUUGUACAUAAAUUUGAUUCCUGUACACUCCUUGGUCCAUAUUUACCCCUGUAUUCUGCUGAAUCUUGUAUUAUGUGAUUCCAUGAUGUAAACUAUAUAUUUGCAGUUUGUAAGGUUUCCUAUGUUGACUGUUUCAGCAAAUGCUUGAAUAAAGUUUGGUUUCUCUCA